AUGAAAGAAAACUCCGGCCCGGUGUUCUGUAAGGCGCGUCCAGUGCCAUACGCUUUGCGCGAGCAGGUCGAGCAGGAAUUGGCAAAAUUAGAAAAAGCUGGAGUCGUGUACCGGGUAAGGCACAGUGAAUGGGCUACGCCGCUCGUAAUCGUGCCGAAAAAGAACAGCAAAGAGCUUAGGAUCUGCGGUGAUUAUCGAGUCACUGUUAACCCUUAUAUGGAAGUUGACCAGUACCCUUUGCCGCUGCCCGAGGACAUUUUUGCCACCCUACGUGGUGGAACCGUGUUUUCGGUCCUUGACCUCUCGAAGGCGUAUUUACAGCUCGAACUAGACGAGCGAGCACAAGAGCUGCUUACUGUCAACACUCAUUUGGGCCUAUUUAGGUUCAAGCGCUUGCCAUAUGGCGUAGCGUGUGCGCCGGCACUUUUUCAAGCCGUCAUGGAUCAAGUCCUGCACGGUCUGCCGGGAACCGCCUGCUAUUUAGAUGACGUUGUCAUCGCAGGAGAGACACGUAAACAGUGUCAUGACAGACUUGAGCAAGUGCUCAUACGCCUAAGUCAGCACGGCAUAAAGGUCAACGCUGAAAAAUGCAAGCUAUUUCAACAAAGAGAAGUA